CUGAUGAAUGAACUGAUCUGAUACUCAACUCCGAGUUGUUGUUUUCGAACGCGAGCAGCUCGACGCAGGUUUUAACAUCAAGCACAGCCAUGAGGAAUCUUUGGACAAAGGCCGGUGUUUUUGGUUCAGUGUCCGUAGCUUUUGGCUCGAUGCUGUGGUCCCAGAAAAGCACCUACUCCAGCCCGGUUGCCUCCAGUUCCACGGCUACUGACCCGAAUCCCAGUUCUCCCUACGAUCUAAAACUGGUCCAAGUCCUGUUCAGACAUGGAGCUCGAACCCCGUUAAAGUCGAUACCUGACGUGAUGGAGGUCCAGUGGCUGCCGACGCUCUUGGAGCCUCCAGCUCACACAGCCAUCAACUACGUGGUGACGGAUCUUCACGGUGGCCCCAGGCCCUCUGCACCUGUAGAAGACAGCUAUCGGAGAAACAUACUGACUGGUGGCGCCUUCCCCGGUCAGCUGACCACGGUGGGCAUGCAGCAGCUGUACGAGCUCGGCACGAGGCUGAGGAGGAAGUACAUCGAGGAGACUCCCUUCCUCGGCUCCACUUUCAGUCCGGCUGAGGUCUAUGUGCGCUCUACUAACAUUGUGAGGACCAUUGAAUCUGCCAAGUGCCUGGUUGCAGGGCUCUUUCAGCAAAAACAGAAAGAAAUUGUUCACAUAUUAACAACGGGGGCUGAAUCUGAAAUCCUGUACCCGAACUAUCACGGAUGCAAACUGCUCAAACUCCUCGGCAGCCACCGCUGGGCAGAGUCGUCCACUCUGCCAGACAUCGCAGUCGACCUGCAGAGCAUCCAGAGCGUGCUGGGCAUCGCCGCUCACCAGCACGUCGACUUCAUCCUCAUUAGGGACGACAUGGUUGCCAGAGAGACACACGGCCUCCCCUGUCCGCCGGUGCUGGACACCUGGAGGGACACAGUGGAGCAGAGAGCUGUGGAAAUGAUCUGCCAUGUCUAUGAACCCAGCAAGAGGGAGAACCUGCAGCUGUGCGUGGGACCACUCCUGCACACAUUGUUGACCAACCUGGACGAGAAAGUGCAAGGCACCUCAUCGGAGCCAAACAGGAAGAUGUUUCUGUACUCUGCACAUGACACCACAUUGAUCCCCUGUCUGAUGGCUCUGGGGGUUUUUGACAUGAAAUGGCCACCGUACGCGGCUGACAUCACCCUGGAGAUGCACCAGCACCGACAGACCAACGAGGCCUUUGUCAAAGUGUCAUACAUAGACCAGGAUCUACUUAUUCCAGGUUGCAGUGGAGUCUACUGCCCCCUGCAGGAGUUUAAGGAGGCCCUCUCGGCGGUCUCCAUGAGCUCAGAACUCUACCAGUCACUUUGUAACAGCACAGGAGGUUUAACCGAGCCCUGAGCCCACGACACGCCGUCGCCCCUGGACACAGCUCCUCACGACAUUAAACCCCGACACCCGCAUCAUGUAGUUUUUUUUUUCACGUUUUUUCCGUUUACAUGCUAUUAUCAUUAUACCUCACUGUCAGACGACACUGUAGAAAGUCCUGCAUUACAGCCUCGUUCCAGCCUAUUACAAUUAUCUGAUAUCACAUGCUUAGCACAUCAGUGUGUGUUGGCCUUGUGAUAAAGGGCGGUGUUAUUACUUGUGUUCCUUAUUGUCAACACAUCCCAAAGAACUACAAUGAAACCAGGGUUGUCUAAAAUGAUCAAAGUAAGGAUUCCCCUCCAUACAGGAUAGAAACUUUAACCGUAAUGGGCCACAACAUUUCCAACUCAGUCGAAAGCUCAACAUGAAACACGAGUGAAGCACAACAGCAUUAAGCCGAACCAACUAUGCAGGGAAAGAUGCGCUGAUGGAAUUACACUGCCACAUUAUUUUAUGUUUACAUUUGGCAAAUUCAAACUGGCUCCUCUCGGCAAAAAUUGGAAGUGCUAUUAAAACAGAUCAAACACAUGGUUUGAUUUUAAAAAAGUUAUUUCUUAAAAUGACUAGUCUUAGUGAAUGGUUCUCGGACAUGGGGAGUAAUGUAUGCUUAGGUUUGUUUUAUAAAGGAACAUAUCCUCUGUAAUGGUUUUCGGACAAGCAUCUUGAGUUAUCGAACAAGGAAGGCGUUUGGCACAAAGGAGUAAACUGAAUCAACAGUUCAGAGGAUCAACUGCAACUGAAGCUCUUUUGGGGAUUUGUUGACAAGAAAAAUACUGAGCAUAAUCUGACUUUUGCUUCAAAGUUUAAACCUCAACUGCACUUUAAUCUUCACAGCAAUAAUCUUUAAGGAUGAAUCAAGCGGCAUCAUUAUAUCUGACUGUUAAUGCUGUCAUUGUGUUCAUUUAAUUCAUUCUUAUCCAGUCAUUCCUUGGGGUAAUUCCAAACAUUUCAUGUACUGUAUCUGAAGUGUAUGAAGUGGAUUGUUCAUUUGUGUGGAGAUGGACUUCUCCAUAACCACGUUAAACCUGCAGAAAGGGAAUUACUCUGUAUGUUGAAGACUAAGUUGCCUUUUUGUGGGGAUUUGCUGGUAGUAACGGACACAGUAUAAUGUAUGAACACAUGCCCAUUACAUGUUUCUGUGUUACAAUGACAUGUAAAAUACCUCAUCAGUGGAAGUUUCCAAUGACCAGUGGCAUAACAUGUAGAGUUUGAUUUGUGGGAAAUAAAGAAUU